AUGCAGCGACCCAGGACAUCUUCGCAAUUGUCGCCAGACCACAACUCUUUCCGGUACCGCCCCUUGAGUCACACCGAUGGCGAGGACUUUCGCAUUCUAUGCCUCUACCCCGGCACGCUUGACGACCCAAUUCGCUGUGACCUUCUCCAUUCAAGUCUCGACUCCGACAUUGAGUACGAAGCACUUUCCUACAGCUGGGCAACCGAAGAUGGAGACGACAGCCUCUCGCAGCGCAUUGGCUGCGCAUAUGUAGGCGAUGAAGACAGUGCGGAAUUCCCGGUAACUUCAAACUGUGCUUCUGCACUGCGCAGAUUGAGACUGCCCUCUCAGGAGAGAUUCUUGUGGAUCGAUGCCAUUUCUAUUAACCAUAGCAAUAUCGAAGAGCGAAAUCACCAGGCCGGGCUCAUGGCCGACAUAUAUGCUGGGGCCUCGCAGGUCCUGGUGUACCUCGGAGAAGAAGACCUUGGCUUCGCAUCCAGGAGCCUAUGGCUGGACACCGAGAGACGCCAAUCAGCCCUGACAAAGCUUUUUGCAAAGAGAUGGGUUUCCAGAGCAUGGGUGAUUCAGGAGGUGGCACUCGCACGAAAACUCAUGAUGAUCAUGGGAGACGCAUCAUGUGCCAUGGAUGCCAAUCUGAUGAGUCGGAUCCGCGGGCGAGCAAAGAUUUCACGACUGCAAGUUCCUGGUCCGCUAGCUUGGGAUCCUUUGGCUAGCGCCCCGACAAGAGAUCUACUCACAUUACUACUUUUAUCACGACAUUGCAGCUCUACAGAUCCAAGAGACAAAGUAUACAGCUUGCUGGGACUAGUGGGCGAACGCCUGCAAAAUCUCAUCACUAUCGACUACUCCCAAAGCAUCGAGGAGGUCUUGGUGCGUACGGCUGCAGCCAUCAUCACCUGUCGAGAGGACUUUGAGCUUCUGGCGUAUGCAUCAUUAUCUCUCGGACCUCGGCAUACAGAAAAGGGGUUACCGACUUGGGUGCCAGAUUGGACAGAGCAUCAAGGCGACAUGACGCUGCGUCCUCAAUUCCAAGAAACUAGAAUAGGCCCCUGGCGGUCUCUCGAAAAGCUAUCCGGAAGUUCUUCUAGCGCUGCAGAGCUAGCCAAGAUGGAUUGGACAACAAUAGUCGACAUACCUUCAAGGUGGCCUAUUGAUCCAUAUUUGACACCAUCUAUCACCGUCCGUGCACAUUGUCUUGCAACUAUUGACAGCACGACAAAAGAAGGAUAUGGCCCAUCAGCACGAUGGCUAGAUGGUCAAACCUUUGGUCGUGAUCUAAUAGGUUUGAUAAGCAGCGGCUCAAGUCGAACAAGUCUCGAUCCAAGAACAUGGCCUGCACAGUACAACUGGCUACUCGAUCCGUCAUACACUCGCUCCAUAUCUUCCAUAAUGCAAAGUAAUACAUCGUCUGCCAUGGGACCUCCUGAGAAUAUAUACCGGAACGCAAUACAGCAUUUCUGCGCCAAGCUCGAAGCACACGGCAAAAACCAGCACAUUUUCCGAGCAGGCAUGCUUCCCGCCGUAACAAGCCACGAGUUUGAAGAAGGCGACAGCGUAUGGGCCAUAGACGGCUGCAGGAUCCCUCUUAUUCUGAGAAGGACGCAUGAUUCUGAGGGCUACUGGAUUGUAGGCAAUUGCCAUAUCUUUGCACUAUCACAUAUGGACUGCUGGUCUACGUCAGGAACGGGGCUCGAGCAACGGUGGAGUUUUGACCCCUUUCGCCACAUGGAUGCGCUAGGCACGCAAAGAAUAAAGAUUGUGUGA